GAUGAUCGUAGAGGGGAAACCUGACCGUGAAAUGACGGAUGACCUGAGAUGACUAACUAUGUGUGAAUAUCUACAUGUAGUUCUUAUCCUAUGACUGGAAUCCUAUGCAAAUGAUUUGAUAUCCACAGGAUCAUUGGAGUCCCACCUGUCUCUAAGACCACACUGCAUUAAGUCCUGCGUUCUAUAAAUUUAAGCAAGACAGAGCCUUUGAGCGUACCACAUGUUCUGAUACUUGAAUGCUAGGAAACUCUGUUCUGUGAAGUUGGUCUUACCAAGGAUGUUAGUAGAUACGCCAUGGAUCAGUUACAGAAGCCUGCACCAUUGAGUCCUGAGGAUACACCAAAGACCACGCCUUCGUCCCCUUCAUUGUCUUCCAAACCCCAUGGUGCUGGCAGGGAGGGGGAUGUCAAACCCCCCAUUCCUCCCGCAAGGGCCCCCAAGGCCACACCCGCUGUUGCUAAGCUGCCUGAGUUACCGGCUGUGAUCGUGGACCCAGAGACCGGUGAUAGGUACCGAAGAGGCAGACUACUGGGCAAGGGUGGUUUUGCUCGUUGCUAUGAGCUGACUCAUCAAGACACCCACUAUGUCUAUGCAGGCAAGAUCGUACCCAAGGAGAGGAUAUCAAAACCAUCCCAAAGAGAAAAGAUGGAGAGAGAGAUAGCAGUCCAUGCACAGCUCAGACAUCCAAAUAUUGUGGGCUUCCAUAAACAUUUUCAAGAUAGUGAAAACAUAUAUAUAGUACUUGAACUAUGCAGACAUAAAUCUCUCCUUCACAUGUUGAAGUUGAGGAAGCACCUGACGGAGCCAGAGGUGCGUUAUUUCAUGCUUCAGAUCAUAGAGGGCGUUCGUUAUCUUCAUAGUCACUGUGUCAUCCAUAGAGAUCUCAAACUUGGCAACAUGUUCCUCACGGAUACCAUGGGCGUCAAGAUAGGCGACUUUGGCUUAGCCGCUAAACUGGAGUUUGAGGGAGAUAGGAAAAGAACGAUGUGUGGCACACCAAACUACAUAGCCCCUGAAGUGCUGGGUAAAAUAGGACACAGUUUUGAAGCAGAUGUUUGGGCAUUAGGUUGUAUAAUGUACACAAUGUUAGUCGGUAGACCUCCAUUUGAGACCAGCUCACUAAAGGAAACCUAUGCACGUAUCAAACACAACAAAUAUCAUUUUCCAGAAACCCUAUCCCCAGUUGCCAAGGAAAUUAUCUCGGACUUAUUAUCCUCAGAUCCGGAGGAACGACCACCUUUAGAGGUGGUUAUUGAUCAUGAAUUCUUCACACAGGGUUUUGUCCCGGAGACGUUGUCUCCGACGGCGUGCGUGACGGCGCCGGACUUUCCAAUCACCAAGGUUCUUAUAAGCGAUCGCAAGGGAGAACUUGUCACAAAUGAAUUCUGUAGGUUAAAACGGGAAAGCACGCUUCAGAGGAGAGAUGUGACGGCUCCACUGUCGGAUAUUAUUAAUAAUGAGAGUAGCCAGCCAGUAUCAGGAUCCAAUACACAAAACUCUAGCAAGCCCACCAAUCAAGCAAAGCUCAGAACAAGGAUAGCAGGGACACGACCUAUGACCCCGGUGACCACCGCUAUCAAGACAGCCAUGGUGAAUGUUAUAGAGAAGAGAAGUGCAACUGUGACGAUGGUCAAAAGUGCAUCAACCUGUUCAAUGGACAAGGUCUAUGAGAUGCUUAAUACAUGCUUAGAACACAUGCCAAAAGAAGAUCACAGAACCACACCCAAAUAUAAACCUAACCCAAGUGAGGUCGUCUGGGUCAUUAAGUGGGUUGACUACUCCAACAAGUAUGGCUUCGGUUACCAGCUCUCCAAUAAGGUUGUAGGGGUCAUGUUCAACGACAAAUCAAGAAUUAGCUUUACACCCGAUAGAAGUUCAGUGCAAUAUUUAUCAACGGACAGCAAGGUUCACUCAUUCCCACUCAGCUCCGUCCCCAGUAGACUGUCCAAGAAAGUCACCCUCCUAGAUUACUUUGCUACGUACAUGGAUGAACACCUCAUCAAGGGCAUUGAUUCAGACAAGAAAGACGGCAUUAGAUCGCCCUCACCUAAGAGGAAAGGUGUGGACAAACCAGGACCAAUAAACUCAGCUCAGCCUUAUCUAGAGAAAUGGAACAGAACAGGGAAAGCUAUCACAAUGUACCUCAGUAACGGUACAUUACAGGUCAACUUCUUUGAAGAUCAUACCAAGGUCAUCCUAAGUCAUAACAACAAUGAUCAUCUAGUGACCUACAUCAAUGAAUCCAGAACCCCCACUACGUAUAGAGUAUUGCAUAUCACCCAUCACGGCUGCACCAAGGCACUCCACACACGACUCACCUAUGCAAGACACGUCCUCUACGGCAUGAUGGAUAAAGGCGAGGAAGAGAACACAAAGCUAUGACCCCUGAUGAUCGGGGCUGGGGGUCAAAGGUCAUAACCCCUGUCUGAGAUAAUGUUAUGGCUUUCACAGAACAUUGAAAAUGGAAUAUGUGUUGCAAGGACAAAUCAGAAUCUUCCUUUCAUCAGGUGUAGCAAAUCCUGAAUGCUGAUUGGCUGAAGAAGUCACAUGGGUGAAAAGAAAAAUUUGCUUAUACAGUUUGAUUUGGGUGUGUAUGUAUUUGUGUUGAUCCAGCGAAGUUGGUGUGGAAAUGAAGAUUGUAGCCUUUUCCUCAUUGGCUUGUAUUCUGAAGCCCAAUUGAACUAAGCCAUGGUCUAACUCUGAUAAAGUUAUAGGAAUCUGAAAGGAAAAUGUUUACAUUCAUACAUUGAAUGUGUCUUAUGUUUUCUGUGCAAUUUCCUCAUUCUUUAAUUAGUGGAGAAGGCUUUCUAGUUAUUAUUCCCUUACAGCUGUGAAGGGUUGUUUUUUUUAGUUUCACAUGAACUUGUAAAAUGAUCCUGUCCUAUUUGUAGAGAUUCGUGUCACAAUUGGGUAUCCAAAGUUAUACCACUACUUUAGACCAAAUUUUAGUUUAAAUCUUAGUUCAGAAUACUGGCCAUUGGGUUCAAACUACAUCUGAUUAUUUCCUUCUUGUGUGUGAUGGGUGAAAUAUUAUGAUGACAUAAUGAGACUUAUAAAAAAAAUGUAUCAUGUACAACAUCAUCAAAGUUACAACUCUUGUUUAUUGUGAUUGCUGCACAUGUAAGCAAAACAAACAUGAAAAUAUAAUUUCUUGAAUCUAUGUGAUUUAAUAAUUGUUUUAAUCAUGAAAAUAGCUGUAUGUCAAGAUAUUGACUUAUAAAAGGAAAUCAUGUUUGAAGCUAACAUAAAAUAGUUCCUUGCCACACAUAAAAAUUAAUUUAUUAGUCACGCCAAAUCCUUGAAAAAAUAAAAACAAUUUUGUAUGAAAAGUACAAAAGUUAUUAGUCACAUCAAUUUGGCCUGGUUAUUUUGUACUUGUACAAGAUUUUGAUUUUUGUUAGUAUGAAAGAAGGAAUCCACUUAUUGUUAAAGCAUGGACCUACUAGUAGGUCCAUGGUUAAAGUAACAUGAUUUAACAGCUAUUUGAGAGCAAAAAUUGUCCAGGAUAAAAAGGUAAAAUAAACACAUUGGCCCGUAGUCUGAAGUCAGGUUUAACUUAGACAAUGGUCUAACUCUGUGCUAAAGUUAUGGGGAGCCAAAAAUUUAAAAAAUCUGUUUCUAAUGUUUACUAUUUGGCUUUCAUAAUGAAGAAAAAUACUUUAUUUAUCAUUCCCAGACAAUUAUAAACAAUUUGGGUGUCAUAUGAGUUAAUAGAUUGGAUGUGUACUGUUAGGGAUUUGUGCCCCAAUUGGCUCUCCAUAGUUAAACCACAACUUAUAACCAGGGUUUAAUUUAAAUCCGAGUUCAGAAUACGGUCCAUUGUCCACUAUUCAUGUAGUUUAAGUAGUAAAAGGAUGAAUUUUAGUAAGAACAAAGUUGAUAGCACUCUGCUCAUCAAAAUGACAAAUAAACAGUAAUUAUGCAAAGAAGCUGUCCUUCAUAUCAAAUGUAAGUAGUACCAAAUUAUUUUUUAAUAUUCAAGGAAUAGAUCUGUAUAGGUUUCCUGAUGUGAAAUUUUAGUGAGAUUUACACAAGGCUUCAAAAUUUUGCAAACAUUCCUCGAAAAUGUCUGCUGGCACAUUGUUUAAAAAAAAAUCAUUGAAAGUGCAUUACAUUCUUGAAAAUAUAUUGCUUUUAUGCUUCCAUAGAACUCCUUUUGAAAGUUGUGACGUUUAAUGCGUCUACCCAUGGUGCUAUAUUUCAUCAUUAUAAGAAUGAUCAUGGAAUGUUGAUUAAUGUGUUUAGCAAUUAAAAACACAGUAAUUAAGUGCUGAUUCUUGCCUUCUAAUCUCUCUAAACUUGCUUUAAAUUGAUAUUAUCGAUGAAUAAAUAUAAACAAUUAUUUAAAAAUUGAUAGAGAGAUAGUAAUUGAAAAAAAAAAUGGGAAAGAACAUGAAUGAAAGAAAUAGCCAAGUAUUAAUGGUUAGAUAAGUAAUGAAUGUGCAAAUAGAUUAAUGAAUAGAGAAAUAAAGAAAUAGGUAAUACUUAUACUUAGAGGCUUAAAGUUGGACUAAUGAUCACAAUAAUAUUUGGGGGUUAUUAUUUUAUGGUUGAUUUAUUUAUAUUAUUUGAAAGAAAUUGAAUUAAAAUGUUUCAUAGCUAAAUCAAUUCAGUAAUAAAAGGGGAUCUGUAUGUCAAAGGCCAAUUGCCAUAUUUAUUAAAAUAAUAACAAUAAUAAUUCAGGGUAUUUGUAUAGUGCACAUAUGCAACUUGUUAGCUGCUCAAAGCGCUCCUAUAUUUUUCUUACUUUUUCAGAGAGCAAUAUGUUUUAUGAUAUGUGUUAUUUGUUAAAAAUAUAUCAUUUUAUUUUAUUUUGUUUUGCCUCUGAAAUAAGGUGAAUGUGAUUAUGAAAUUAACAUGUGACUAACUUGUUUUUGUUAAUGUUUUGUCAAUACCUUGAUACAAUAGAGGCUUAUUUUCCAUUACAUGUACCUCAUUGACACAAUGGACUGCUAUGUUGUGACAUACUUUUCCAGGUGUGUCUGAUGUUUUGGUAUUGGUUCAAUAAUUCACAUUACGCUUUAAACAGGCUUAAUGUGUGCCAUGCGACAGAAUCCCUCACAGUCAUUUUCAUUUUAACUG